GCUUCAAAGUCAUCGCAGCUCGGGUUGUUGUUGCAACGUCGAACCAGCACCUCGGCCGCGACGCACGCUGUCCGACAAACGCAUGCUCGGCAAGGGACACCCGCACCGACGACAACAAAUCGGAUAACGGGCGACCGACCGGAGGCAGGGACUGGGAUCCGAGCAGGAGGAAGUGUCUGGGGAGGAAAGCAGGGAGUGCAAGCGUCUUCGUCGACCUUCAUCCAACGUAUCCGCACGCAGGCACACCAUGUCGCCGUUACGGCUCGGCCUGCGCGCUCGGGAGUUGCUCCCGGUGAAGGGCGCGGGCCCGAAGAGGUCAAUGCUGGUCUUGGCCAACUGUGCAGGCGUCCGUCGACCACGAGGCUUGCCUUCGGCCGCUUCAUUUACGACAUCUCAAGAGAAGAGUCGGAUUCAUCUCAACCGUCCAAGUAUGGAAAGUAUGGCGCCUCGGAUUGGGCAGAAUACUGCGCCCAAAGUCGAGACGUCCCAGAGAGUGGCGGCUAUGUCGGCCGACACAUUAGCAGAAACUCUCUCUGUAGUUUUGCCAGGGUCUUUCGUGCUCCCACCCCUAUCACAGUUUCCUGACUCCCUGGGCAAGAAGAUCCGUUUCCUGAGCCAAUGGAUGUACAUCAAGAUUCAAGAGAUGUUGACAAACGGCUCCGUGGUGUUUUCCUCAAAACCUAGCAUCUUCAAGCGGGCUAGUUUUGAAGUAAAAAGGGGUAGCCUCAUUCCUACCGCGAAGGCACUCCACCGUGCCGUCGCCGAGGCCCUGGCAGCCGGCAACAAGAGCGCAAUCGGCAAGAUCUGCACGAGGGACUACGCCGGCCCCUUGCUCGCAAGUAUCGAUGCCCGGCCCAGAGGGCACCGUUACAGCUGGGAGCUGGUCAAGUAUACCAACAAACUGUUCUACCCGUCACUCAAGUCCCACCGGAUAUCGCCCAUCUCGACCGAGCGCGAAUCCCCGCUCAUCAGGCAAGCCAUCGUGGCCAUCUCGAGCAAGCAACGGGUGGUUGUCUACAACGCCAAGGGCGAAGUCGUUCCGGGCAGCGAAAGGGAGAUGGACGUGGUGGAAAACGUGGCGAUUGCCUGCGUUAUCGAUCCGAAACGGGGUUGGAAGCAAUCAAAAUGGCGUUAUCUCGGCACCAUCAAGCCGACGACACUGGAGUCGUGGCAGGAGGAGAGGGCCAUGGUGUCUCGUCGGCUUCUCGGAAACUGAGCCUCAUGGCUUCAAGGACGUGGUGGUACAUGUUUCAAACGGGAGACAGACGAUGUACGAUGGACAUGGCCGUGUACAAUAUGUGUACAUACCUACAACACUUUGAACGCAACAUCCCUUGUGAGAGAACAUUCGGCGUAAAAGUUGGAAAGCAU